CGUCCAACAAAGAACAAGUGAGGCAAAGAGGCAACCACCGUCAUUUCUUUUGACGCCCAACCCUCGACUUCCACAAAGCCUCGCUCUCUCAAUCAUUUUCACUACAGUUCAUCAGUAUUGUGGAUUGCCUGGUUCAUCCAGUUUCGGACACCCAACUUGCCUAUCGAUUUGCCCCGCCUUGGAUAAGGCACCACCGCCAACAUGUCGUUGACAAAUUGCCGAUUCUACGAGGAGAAGUAUCCGGAGAUUGAUAGCUUCGUUAUGGUGAACGUGAAGCAGAUCGCCGACAUGGGCGCUUAUGUUAAGCUGCUCGAGUACGACAAUAUCGAUGGCAUGAUCCUUCUCUCCGAGCUGUCAAGACGCCGUAUCCGAAGUAUCCAGAAGCUUAUUCGAGUGGGCCGCAACGAAGUUGUUGUUGUUCUGCGAGUGGACAAAGAGAAAGGCUAUAUUGAUCUUUCAAAGCGCCGUGUCUCGCCAGAGGACAUCAUCAAGUGCGAGGAACGGUAUAACAAGGGCAAGAUGGUCCACUCCAUCAUGAGGCACGUUGCCGAAAAGACCCUUACGCCGAUCGAGACGCUAUACGAGGCCAUUGCAUGGCCGCUGAACAAGAAAUACGGCCAUUCUAUCGAUGCGUUCAAACUCUCCAUAACCAACCCUGAUGUUUGGAACGAUAUCGUUUUCCCCAGCGACCCGGUAGCCGAGGAAUUGAAGUCAUACAUCGGAAAGAGAUUGACACCCCAGCCAACGAAAGUCCGUGCCGACGUCGAGGUUACAUGCUUCGGCUACGAGGGAAUUGAUGCCAUCAAGACGGCCCUGCGGACUGCCGAAGCACGCAACACGGAGGAUACCCAGGUGAAAGUCAGACUAGUCUCUCCUCCGCUCUACGUCCUCACGAACACCUGCUUGGACAAGAAUGCUGGAAUUGCACGGCUGGAGGAGGCCAUCGUCGACAUUCGCACCAGUAUCGAAAGCGCUGGAGGAAAUUUGAUCGUAAAGAUGGAGCCGAAGGCGGUCACCGAGUCGGAUGAUGCGGAGCUCCAGGCCCUCAUGGAGAAGCGGGAGAGAGAGAAUGCUGAAGUCAGCGGUGAUGAGAGCGUGAGCGAAAGCGACGACAACAUCCCCGCGCCGAUCUAAACAUGGGGUGGAGAAUUAUUGAACAGCCACUGGCCCAUGGCCAUGUUGGUAAAGAAACAAGCCUCACCAUUGUAUCUAGUCAUGUUAUGGAAAUGGCGUCUGGGAGAAUGAAAAGUCCCUUUGGAAGAAGCGACGCGGGGCAUCUAACGAUGGGGGACCACCUAGAGGCCAGCCACCGUUGGGAGAAGCGGGACCAUGCAGAUAAUGAAGCUUAUGCAAUGAUCGGGGUUCACAGCCAGCCAGAAAACGGCGAAAUUUGUAGCCUGAGCCAGAUCAUGAAUCCAUAGAUCUUAUCCUU